CUGCUUUCCACACGACUGUCAUCUUCUCACUGUCGCUGUCUGUUACUGCGCUGCCCGGGCUAUGCUUGUCUGACGGGGCCCGAGGACUACUUAGAGCGCGCUCUGCUGGUUUAUCUUCCGCUUCGAUCUGUCUCCCUAGGUUUCUUCCUCUGCGGUUCGCUCGCUCUCCGAGUCCUCCACCAUGGCGGGCCUUUUCUUCAGGCAGUUCGCGGUCCUGUUCUGGAAGAACUGGAUCGUAAUGUCAAAGCACCCAUGGCUCAACAUUCUGCGGUGCUUCAUCAUGCCCAUAGCCUACGGAAUCUUCCUAGCCGUCGCCCAGAUAUUCCUGACGAAGCCCAACAAUUACGGGCUGGGCAGCCCCGUCCCGGUGCACAGUCUCGCCUCCGUCUACGACGGCUCCCUCGCGCUCAUCUGGGCGGACGGCACGAACGGCACAGGGAGCAACCCCUCCGCACACGACAUCAUGGCACUCGUCACGCGCGGCUUCAGCGGGAGGCAGCUCAGCAGCGUGCGGCAGCUCGACUCGCCCGCGGACAUCCCGGACGCGUGCCCGCAGAACUUCAACCUGUUCUCGGAGUGCUAUUCGGCCGUCGCGUUCAAUUCUCUUCCGGGGCCGGAUGGGCUGUUACCGCUGAACUACACGUUGCGGGCGGACGGCGGGCUGUUUCAUAUAGAUGUGUUCAGGCACACGAGCGAUUAUGAGGAGCGGAUUUUGCCUCUACAGUGGGCCAUAGAUAGUGCUAUCAUAGAGUUGCAGACUGGUUCUGCCCCGCAAACCCCGCUCGAAUGGCCCUUUACUCAGGAGACGAACGAGCAGCAGAACACAGACAUUCGCCUCAGUUAUAUCCGAGGUCUGCGCACAUUGCUGGUUCUCGCAUUGUUUGUAUGUUUCGUCGGGAUAGCGUACCAACUCCCCGGGUCAUUCGGCGGCGAGAGAGCCAACCUCCUGACUGCCCAUCUUAAGGCGAUGGGUCUCAUGGACUCGGCGCGCAUCAUCUCCUGGCACCUGAGCGUAUCGCUCGCCUACCUCCCCGCGUGGAUCAUCGUCGCGAUCAUCUGGCACGUCCGCAUCUUCACCGCGACGAACGUCGGGCUCGUCAUCGUCAUCCACCUCCUGCUCGGCCUCACGCUCGCGAGCUGGUCCUUCUUCGUCGCCGCGCCGUUCGGCAAGAGCCCGCAGCUCGCGGCGGUCGCGUCGACGUUCCUCGCCAUCGCGUUCGCGAUCCUUGCGCUCGUGUUUGCGCGCGCGAGCAGCGGCGCCGCGUUUAUCUUCACGAUCAUCUUUCCGCCGGGCUUCUAUAUCUUCGCUAUCCGGGCUGUGUGUGGGUUCGAGGUGCACCAGAUUGCGACCAGCGUGACGCAGCCCGAUCCGGACAACGGGUUGCGCCUGCUGCCCCUCAUCAUCGCAGCCAUCAUCGAUGUGUUCUUGUGGCCGUGGCUGGCAGUUCUGUGGGAAAGACAUCUCUACGACGCGCACAAUGCGACCGACCGCUCGUGGUGGUCUCGCCUACGACACCGCAAGACUACGGCAGAGAACGCACUGACAAUCGCGCCGGACACUGCGGUCUCGAUCAAGAAUCUUGGUAAGGACUUCAAGACGUCGUUUUGGAAAGGGGAGAAGAGCCUCGUCACCGCGGUGUCCGACCUCAGCCUCGAGAUCCCUAAGUUCGGCAUCUACGUCUUGCUCGGAUCCAAUGGUGCCGGGAAGUCCACGACGAUGUCCGUCCUUGCGGGGCUGCUCGGCCGCACGCGCGGCUCCGUCGUCUUCGAGGGUGGCGUCGAGCAUCCGCCUCGCGGGACAAUCGGCAUCGUGCCCCAGAAGAAUGUCCUCUUCCCUGAGCUGUCUUGUUACCAGACCCUGCGUGUAUGGCGUGCGGUGAAGCGCGCGGACACCCACGCGGAGGAAGACGACAUCGAGCAGCUGCUGAAGGAUUGCGACUUGGGCAAGAAGAUCCACUACAACGCGAAUGCGCUGAGUGGCGGGCAGAAGAGGAAGCUGCAGCUGGCGAUCGGGUUGAUCGGCGGAUCGAAGAUUGUUCUGGUUGACGAGUGUACCUCUGGUGUAGACCCACUGUCACGUCGUGCUCUAUGGCGAACGCUCAGUUCAGUGCGCCACGACCGGACUGUCGUUUUCACCACUCACUUCCUGGACGAAGCAGACCUCCUUGCGGACACGAUCGCUGUGCUUGCUGCGCCAGGCAAACUUGUCGCCCACGGAACUCCUGUUUCACUCAAGUCCAAUUUAGGCGAGGGUUAUACUGUGGUCGCGUCGUUCAUGACAGAAGAAGGGCUGGCGGAGAAGUCGACCAUUGGACACCAGACCGAACUGCUAGACCGCAUCCGGACGAUAGCCCCGCUGGCCUACACGUCCUCAACUACGCCCAACGAAGUGUCCUACCAUCUGAAGCUGAAGGAUCCUGCGAUCGUCCAGGAGGUAUUGGAGCUCGUGGAGGAGACCCGGGAGACAGAUGGUGUCGCCAAUUACUCCGUCAUGAGCACCUCGAUCGAGGACAUCUUCUUGGGACUGAUGCAUGACGAUACGCGCGCGGACGAGAAGGAGCUCGAGAAGACCGGAUCGUCCACGACGCCGUCUCUUUCGACCACCCCCGUACCGACUCCGCCCGUGCUGCACCUAACGAACGGCCGGCGCCGCUCGCCCCUCAGCCAGGCACUGACCAUCUUCCACAAGCGUGUGCUCAUCGCACGGCGAAGCUGGCUCACGCCGUGUCUAGCUGUUUUAAUCGCCGUCGCCGGCUCCUGCGUCCCCAUCUUCUUCCUCAGCACUCGCCAACAAACCUGUGUAAGGACCUUCCGCACGGUACCCACCACCCCAGUCUACCUCCCUGUUUCGCCUCUCGGGUUCAUUGCCGAGAACAUCACAGACUCGCGCGUGCUCGAGUCUCCGCCGGGGAUUAUUUCCACGCUGGGGAAUACGACACGGACGCUGCUCAUAGACAGCUUCCCCGAUAACUCGACAUUCAUGAGCACCAUCGACCAGACGUUCCGCAACCAGUCGUUCGGCGGAGUCUCGAUCGACCAGCAGUCGGGCACGGCAUUGUUUGCGUGGGAGGCGACGCCCCCUGGGCUCACUGGCCUCGUCAUGCUCAACCUUGCGUCCAACCUCUUGUAUAACACUGCACUUAACGCCACAGGGAAGACGCCUCCCGUGCCGAGUCUGAUCCUUGCCAAUUACCAGACCUUCCCCGGGAUCGCAGCGGGAACGCUGGUGGCAUUGAAAUGGGUUGCAUUCUUCGGCGCUGCAAUGGCUGUGUACCCUGCGUUCUUCUCUCUUUACGUCGCGAAGGAGCGCCGCUCGUCCGUCCAGGCCAUGCAGCUCUCCAACGGCUUGUCGGACCCUAUUGGCCUCUGGCUCGGUCACCUUCUCUUCGACUCCGUCUUCGCAGUAAUUGUCGCCACACUUGUUGUCAUCGUCUUCGCCGCCGCCUCCAACCAGUUCAGCGGUCUUGGGUUCUUCUGGGUGGUCCUAGUGUUAUAUGGCAUUGUGGGCUCGUUGUUCGCGUAUUGCGUAUCGCUCAUGGUCGCUUCUCCCUUGGCGGCAUUUGCGAUGGCCGCUGGAUACCAAGUCAUCAUGUUCGUUCUGUACUUGGCAGCGUACUUGCUCACCCUGACCUACGCAAAGACAUCUCAAGCUGGCACGGAUCUUACCAUCAUCCACUUUACUAUGUCAGUGUUGGCUCCGGUAGCCAGUGUGCUCCGUGCAUCGUUUGUUUCCGUCAACCUCUUCUCUCUGCUCUGCGAUGGAACCAACCCAGUCACCGCUGCUUCCCUUGGCGACAUAUCGCGGUACGGCGGCCCGAUCCUGUAUUUGUUCAUCUACGGCUUCGUGCUCUUCGCUAUCCUCGUAUGGGUCGACUCCGGGUCGCUCCUGCCCCGCAAGAUCACGCAGGGUCGAAAGAAGGCUCCCCCACCUGCCGUUGCGGAAAGCACCCAGUCUGCUGCGCCCGGUAGGGUUGCGGGCAAGGACGUCCACGACGAGGCUGCUGUGGUAGCGGACUCUGGCGAUGCGCUGCGCGUGCUCAACAUCGUGAAGGCGUUCGGUAGCGCAUCCAACAGGGUGGUGGACAAUGUCAGCUUCGGUGUAUCCCAGGAUACCAUCUUCGCCCUUCUCGGACCUAAUGGUGCGGGCAAGACCACCACGUUCAACGUCAUCCGUGGCGAUGUGAUCCCCGACCAAGGCGACGUGUUCAUCAACGGCGUUUCGAUAGUACACCAUCCUCGAGCAGCCAGGUUGUCCCUUGGAGUGUGCCCACAGUUCACAGCGAUCGACUCGCAGCUGACGGUCCGAGAGCAUCUCCUUGUCUAUGGUCGUCUGAAGGGUCUGUAUCGCGGAGAGGAGGUGCAGAGCAACGUCGAGCGGCUCAUGCGCGCGACGUCCUUGCACAUGUACGCGGACCGGCUUGCGAGUAAGCUGUCGGGCGGCAACCAGCGCAAGCUUUCCCUGGCAAUCGCGCUUAUAGGGAACCCAUCCGUGGUACUGAUUGACGAGUUUUCGACUGGCAUCGACGCGAAGAUGAAGCGCGAUAUGUGGGGCACCCUCCGGAACGUCGCCGUCGGGAAAGCGAUUGUCAUCACCACCCACUCCAUGGAGGAGGCAUCCGCACUAGCGAACAAAGUUGGUAUCCUGGCGAAGAAGAUGCUUGCGGUGGGAACAACCAACUCGCUCGUUGAACGCUACGCGACAUAUGAGGUACACUUCUCAUGUCGGACGCGCGAGGAGGUCGUCCACGCGCAAGAGCUGAUGGCCCAAAUCCCUGGUGCGCGCAUGGCCGACGACGUGGCGACUCGGUUCGAAGUCCCGAUCGGUGGAGGGAUGUCCCUCGCUAAGCUGUUCGCUGUGCUCUCUGGGGGUAACUUCUCGGAGUACACUGUUGAGCGUGCGACGCUAGAGAGCGUGUUCCUGAAGGUGAUCAGGGAGAACAAUGUGCUCGAGGAGGACACGGAGAAGCGGAGGCGGUGGUGGAGGAUAUGCUGACCUGUGCUGUGCUUCUUGUUCUACGCGCUUGGAUGACCGCUCUCGAUAGCUGUGGUAUAUACCGGGGAUACCCAGGGACACUAGACUCGUGGACGUAUAUUACCACUGUAUGUUAUUCCUACAUAUGCAUCGGCUGAUCACGACGCGGAGGUGGUUCAAGUCGUGAACUAUCAGCGCUCAUGAUAUGGUACGUCGACAUCGCUAUUGAAUCGACUGUCUAACACCCCC